AUGACCGACGACCACAACGGGACUAUUUCGACGCGAGUGAUCCACCCCGGAUCGUCGGUCUCUUCCAAGCGAUCCUUGAUGCGUUUACUACCUUUGAUCGCGUCGCUGGCGGCGACGGCGAUCGUCGUCGAUGCGAAAACCAUGCUGCCUGUGUUCGCCGGCUCCAAGGAGGCAUUCGACUACGCGAACAAGUUCAUGACUGAUUUCGCCAAGAUGGGCUCGCCGUUCACCAACACUCCAAUGUGCGGCUUCAAUAACUACCCGAGUCCGGUCAAAGACGGCGCCAAUACCAGGGUCAGUUUUUGAAAAAAUGAAAAAUCUCCACAGUGACGUCAUCGACUUCAUUUCGUAAAAUUCCACGUUCAAAAAAAAACUCGAAUAAACUUUUUGGUAUAUAGUCUGUUCAGAUUUUCAAUGUCAAGUGCAAUGACGUCAUUCAAAAACACUGUGGAUGGCUCGCUCUCUGAUUGGUUUAUCGCACCAUUAGGGGCGGAGCUUGAGCGACGACUUGAUAUUCAAAAUCUGAACAGACUAUAGACGACUCACGGCCAGCUUAGGAUGCCAAUGGGCGUGGCCUGUCCCCACGAGCUAGGCACUCGAGCAUUAUCGUGCCAGGACCCAUUUUUCGUUGGUUCAAGCCAGCCGUGAAACAGCUAUAGUUGAGGACCCAAAAUUGAAGAGGUAUUUUUUGCUAGAGGAGAAAUUUUCAAAGUUUCUCGUGGCCGCAAAGUAACGUCCAUUUGGCACAGUGGCUAGCGCAGUGGUCUGCGAAGCGAGGCUUGUAGGUUCGAAUCCUUCUGCCGCCACAUUUUUUGCCAUUAUGAAAACAGCGACCUUUUUGAACUGAAAUCGUUCCAACCACAAUCAAUAUAGUCUAUUAAGAUUUUAAAUGUCAAGUAGAAUGACGUCAUUCGAAAACGCUCUGUUGAUGGCUCGCUCUCUGAUUGGUUUAUCGCGCCAUUAGGGGCGGAGCUUCAGCGAGGACUUUACAUUUGAAAUCUGAACAGAAUAUAAACCCUAUUCUAACUAAUUUUAGUUAAAAGUUACAAAGAGCACUGUUUUCCAGACGGCUGGCAGCGUCUACAUCGCCUGCAACCCGAGGCCAAAUCAGAUUCUACGUCUGCAGAAGGCGCCGGCCGCUAACGAAUUGGACAGCACACCCAUUGAUCCCUGCAAGAAGUUUAAACCUUUGUAGGAUGGUCAUUUUGAUCCUUUAUUUAGUAAAUAUUCGUGCGCCAGCGCCAAGGACGAUCAAGUUUGUGACAAUCCGCAGAAGUUUGUCGGAAGUCCCCAGGUGAAAGAUUAUUGAUUAAUCGAUUUUCUAUGUUCAUAUGGUUUUUGCAAUGGAAAAUGACCUAAUUUAAAAUUUACCAACAAAGAAACCCACUUUUCUUUCGCCUUGAUCAUUUUAUCCUCUGUUUAAAUUUCAAAUAAAGCCAACUAAAACUGGGCCGAUCUUAUUUAAUGAUUCAAAGAGGUUAAGUGGUCACUAAAGGGUAACCUCGAAGGGCUCUCAAGGUUGUCCCUGUAAGGACCACUUUGAAAAGUACAUCAAGGUAAGAUAAUGAAGUUAAAUGACCCCUUUCGAUCAAAAAUGAUCAAAAAUUGUUUCUAGACAUUUUAGGAGUUUCAGGGUUUUUUGUUACAUUCUCGUUCACAAAAAGGAUUCUCGGGCAUGAAUAAACUUGCAGACAUACGCCUUCACCAACGACGUCAACUGCAAGUUCAUCAAGGAUCAAUCGAGCGUCGCGGGCGCCGUUUUGCCCCGCUUCAUGCCCCAAGAGAAGGAACCAUCGCAGGACGGCUACCGCCUUCCAGGUUACCACGUUGCUGGCGAGGUUCCCUCAGCUCCUUGUGAAACAUUGGACAGAUGAUUUUUAGACGAAAAAUUUUGUUCCUGGCGAGAGUAUCGCCUACGGCACGCUGUUGAAGGACAUGAAGUUGGGCAAGGAAGUGGUGAGGAAGUUAAGAAAACAACACUGAAGGUUGAGGAAAAGUCUUGAAAAGUCAACUUUAAUGAGUCUCACUAGCAAUGCCCAAAAGAACCUUGUAAGGAACUUGAAACCAUCUUAACGAAUUUUAACUGUUUAUCAUUAGAGGAGAUGAAAUGGUAAUGAGAUAAGAUCCCCGAAAAAGGCGUUAUGGGUCCGAAUGUUGCUCCAUAGGCAAAUUCGGAGAACCUUUUGUCGGAGUGCCCUUUGAGCGUCCGCUAUAGGUGCAAAAAGGUUUUCAUUAAUUGUUUCUGAAAGGAUGGCAACGGUUUCCUUUUUACUGCCUUUUUCCGUCCUUUUGUCGGCCUCUAUCCUUCGGCUUUCCAAAAAACCUAGUCAGCCCCCUACCAACCCGAUAGUAAGAGCGUAGUGACUUUCUCUUCGGAAGGCCUUUGCGUUUUGACGCCUCGUCAUUCAAAUGGAUAUACUGUUCCAUGUUGAAAAACUUCAAAACACCCUCAAAAUUAGUUUUACACUGUUUUCUUCAGCUUUCUCACUUUAUACUCUCUCCAGAACUUUUCUUUUGGAAAAAAGUUACUGCGUAGCUAUUUAAAAUUUGUGCAAAGUUUCAAGUCAUUUGAGCCGCUUUCAGAGAAGUUAUGCUCGAAUAGCCACUUUGAAAUACCUUUAUAGCCAGUACUGUAAGUAUGAACCAAAAUGUGUCGUGUUUGAGUCCCGUCGCAUCUGCAAGACCCACCUUGAGUCAAUCUUUUUGAAUUGCAGCAAUGCGGUGGCGGGUGCGACAGCGGCGAAGCGGUCCAUUUGGUCUUCAAGGAGAAAACGGCCUACCAACUCCGAUUGCAUGUGCAGAACUCUUGCGGAAUGUGGGUGUCGAGAGGGAAAUAAUGUUGUGAAGAAGCAAGUCUUAGGAUCAAGAUUUGUGUGUCGCCCAACUUUCAAGGAUCCAACCCGACGUGCGACAAGUCGAACAUGAUGGUUUUGGCUCUGCAGAACAGCUUCGUCUUGUUCCCCAACAUGCGUGAGUUUUUGGAAGAAAACCUCUCAUGAAUCUCAUGAAACUCUGUGACUCGUUUUAAAUACAGCUCGAGCCUACGCGAUCCAGCUGCUCCAUGGCGCGCAAUCGCCCUCGAACAAAGACGCGGACUUCAGCAUCAUCACAAUUGGCUACUCGAGGGUCAAGUCGAAGGCGACGGUAGGCGAAAAAAUCUGGGUAUUGAUUCAAAAGCCCUUUUGACAGUUUACCGUGAAGAACAUCUACAACGAGUACGUGGAGAGCGACAACCGCUUUGCGUCCGCCCACAACCUGCUCGUCUUGUUCGACCAGAAGAACUGCCUCCGAAAGAAAUACGGCAUCUACUCGAAGGAGCUGUCGGCCGGCUUCGCCUACAACCCCGACGCGGACCUGAAGCACAUCCCGGCCGAGAACAGCGCCGGCACGGUCGUCGUCGACAGUCAGGCCACCACGGCCCCGCCCCCGGUUUGUACAGAGUCUCACUGGGUCCGAAAGACGAUUCAGCUCGAAUCGUGAGCACAUAGAAGCCUAUCUUGGGAACUCCAAGGGGCCUUAGCAUUAGGGUUCCCUCUAGGGACCCCUAAUGCUUGAAAAAGUAGUUCCUCUAGGUGGUUCAGCCAGUGACCUCUAUAUGGACAUGCUGGUCAAAAUUUUUCAUGAACUCUUUGAGAAGAAGCGUUCCCAUGCAAAAAACUUAAUUUUCCCCUUUAGGGACCCCUUAACUAUAGGGUCAGGACCUAAACCCCGAGACCACUUUCUCGCCCCUAUAAUUGCCGUUUUUUUCUCCUAACCCCUAUAGGGACCACUUUGGAGUUUCUAAGAACGACUUUGUUUCUUUAGACUUAGCGGAGAGUAAAAGUUUUUUCGGUUUUUUGUUUUUUGUGGGUUUGGUCUAAGAUACUCCUUUUUUUGUUGCUUUGAUUUUCAUGGGCCUCUUGUUUUUUUUUUCCAUUGAUGAGCUUUUGAUUCAGCCGGCAACGACGACGGAACAGCCGCACGUUUCGUCGACGACGGUUGCGCCGCAACUUGGCGGACAGGCGAUGCUCGCACCGCUCCGACCUGAUCCGUACGGCGCCGAUCAGUGGCUCGUUUGGGCCUUCUUUGGCGGAUACUUCUUCGGCACCCUCUUGACUGUCGCCCUCGGCGGCGGCAUCCUUUUCGUCCUCCGUCGCUCCUUCUACUCUGUUUGGUGGGUUUCAUACUUAGGACUUUUAGAGAUCUCAAUAGGGGUUAGGAGGAAAGCAAUCCUUGUAGAGGCCGGAAAAGUGAUCCCUUAAGGGUCUGACCCCUUAUCGAUUAUCGACUAGCAUGCCACCCACUAAGAAUAACUGACGAGAUAAAUGCGAGCUCGGUGGCGGUACAUUGACUAACUCGCAAAAAUGUCGCUUUUUUCUAGGCGCGAUCCAGCAUUUCUCUCGGCGCGACCUCGCAUUUUUCACGGCGCCAUCUCGCAUUUAUCUUGCAUUUCGGAAAUUUUCAAAUUGCGAGAGAAAUGCGAGCUCGCGCCUAGAAAAAUGCGAGCUCGCGCCCAGAAAAAUGCGAGACCGGCGCGAGAAAAAAAGCGAGAUGUUUGCGAGCUCGUCAAUGUACCGCCAGUGUCUCGCGUUUAUCUCGGCAGUUAUUCUUAGUGACCUAUAGGCUUUUAAAAAAAACGCCUUUAGGGACCCUCUUUGAAAGCUUUAGUGGCCCCUAAAGGGGUUGGUAGAUUGGUCUCGACCCUCAGAGGUUUUCCCCGAUAGGAACCACUCUGGAGUCCCCAAGUAGAGAAAGCUGAAAGUUUAUUUCAAAACAGUGUCGAUUUCGGCCCUUCCCGAACCUUUGAAAACAUUCAGGUACCGCGGAAUGUACAAGCGUUACGGCUGCGACGCUUCCGGCACGACGGGCGGCGUCACCGGAACUCCUUUCGGCGACACGGCCACUGGCACCAUGACUAUCGGAACGACGAUGGGCGGUACGACGGCUGGCGGCACGACGGCCGGCACUACCGGCACCAGCUCGACGAUGAGCAGCGCCACCGGCGGCGGCAGCACUACCGGCGGUGGCACGACUGGCGGCGGCACCACUGGCGGCACUACCGGCGACACUCUCGCCAUGUGA